GAUAUUUCAACAAGGAAAAUCAUGUUUGGAUACUACUCACCCGUACGUCCAAGGUCAGCAGCACACUCGCCAGUCUACGCAUCUGCAAUACACGAGUCGCCCCAAUCAACGUCCUCGCACCGAUUUUCGGUCACAGCAAGAGACUUCGCACCUCCUCCUCCACCCAGCAACACAAGCAAGGAGCAGCAACCGCAGCAACAACAGAAAACAACGCAAACAGCCAAAGAGAACAGAAAGAAGCUCUCAGACGAUGACUUCAAUUUCCUCUCAGACAGCUCAUCUCCCAUGUCCGCCAACCCACCACCUCCAAGGCAGACAAGUCUAACCCCCGAUACCCAUCUCAACCUUCCCCCUCCGAGCGUCCAUGACCCCUAUGUCUCCUCUUUCAUAAAACCGACAGGGACAGUCGACCACCGUCGUCCAUCAUUACAUCGUUCCUCUUCAGCGCCCGGGGAACAUCAGUCACAUCCCCUCUUGCCCUCUGCGCUACCUCCGGGACGAGAGGGCGAUGGGGGUCCCAAGGAUGUCCACCAACAGCCUAUUUUUGAAGUAUUUAAUGCAGAGCUUUCUGCAGAAGGAAGUGAAAUGAGCAGAAAGCUGCGUCAUCUGCUGGAGACCGUGCUCAAGGGUCAAGAGCAAGUUGGGAAGAUGCAUUUCAAUCUAGAAGGGUUGGGAGAGGAUGAUGGUUUAGAACAAGAGGAAAAGGGUGGAAUUGAAGAGGAUGACAAGAAGAAGGAUUAUAAAGGGAUAGAGGAUAGGUUACAGAGGCGAGAAAAAGGUGUGGAUGAGAUUAUGGAAAAGCUGGAUGAACUGUCAGAAACACUGAGGACAUAUCAUGAUCUGGGCACACCCAAACUAUCCUUCAAUCAUACCCAUACAUCUCCUCAGUCUAACCGAACAAAGCAUCGCAAUACUGUUUCUGUUCCUCCUGUUAACGCCGACAACCCAUCACAUGAACACCCCACAUCUCCUGUCUCACCUACAUCGGCGACAUCUCCGACAUCGCUUCGCUCUCCAUCUCAUCCGAGCAUUAUCCGUGCCCAAUCUUCAAUUGACCGUGCGCCAACUGUUCGAGUGCAUCGACCACAGUCUCCUUUACGACAGACGUUUAGUCCCGAGACAGCCUCCUCUGGUGAAGGAGAGCAGAAGUCGCAUCCGUGGGGUACAAGGCCGGAUAGCGCCGUUAGUAAUCUCUCGCCUCUGCGGUUGGAGAAUGAGCAUAGUUUGGACAGUCCGUUGAGCGCUUCUCCUCCACAGAGUCAACCCAAACCAAAGAGUUUUUGGGACGCUGAACACGAGCGGGAAAGGGAAAAGGGACACAAACAACAGUGGCUUGAGAAUGUGGGCCAGGUAAUCGACAGUCCUUUCCAAAUGGAAGAUAAAACAAGGCCUUUUUAGUGACUUGAGAUGUCGUUAUAGAACUUCAAGUUGUAUGACUUUGUUCCUGUUGCGGCUUCCAAAUGAUUUUUCUUUGCUUCUUUCCAUCAGAGGGAAGUCUACUCGCAGUACGCUCCAUACUUCUAAUGUAAAAUAGGUGGCCAGUUCAGUACUUCCGUCAUCCUUUGUGCUGAAAAUUCAGUUAUGGGGCUCUUGUGGGGCGGCAUAUAACGUUGAGUCCAUACUCGUUCCUCGUCAGUAAACACAUCCGCCAAGCGCAAGAACAUCCCAGCAUUUAGCCUCAACAACAUUGGGGACACCUAGUAGCCACGUGUCCACUGUACAAUCGACCGUCGCCGACGUCACCCAAAAUGCAAAACGUUUAUUCGCGGAAGCUUCAAAAUUGGCCGAUAAGACUCUUACCAGCGUCGAAAAGCAAAAUGGUAUGAUGAGCUCAUACACCUCUCGAGGCAGGACGCACAACCGCAAUGACAUCCUGCAAACCUUGCAUCCAAUUCCGGCGACAGAUCGUCUAAUCCUUGGUAGCCGCAUCAUUUUUGAGGAAACGUCUGCUCUCGCAUCCUAUACGUCCACUUACGGUUCUCGCCAUCUUACUGUCCAAGAGCAUAAAUCUCUUCUAUCUCAGUCUCCCCGUUACCUCACAGGUGAUCUCAGCAGAACCGUGAGCCUACGUCGAGAUAUUGAACGUGGGGUGCGCUUAGGCGCCAAAGACGGUCAACAUCUUAGUGACAAAGACUGGGGUAUGGUCGUAGCGCCCAAUCUUUAUAAUGACCUCAUCGAUGUGAUUCUGCAGUCUAGACGUUAUCGACCAGAUGCUUGGGGAUCUUGCUUGGGUAAGCUGAUGAGACAAGAGUCAAGAAGAAAUUCUAAUACAAGCUGGACAUAAGACUAGAAAGAAUAGUUUUAAUGGAUGGACUGAUUUGAAGAGCGGCGUCUCUAAAAAGCUAAGCAAUUGUUCCCGAAAUUUUGGGAGUUCCAGAAGCGACGAAACGUCAAAGAUGUCUACGGAGAAGGAAGGUUUGACGCCGCCACCUACUGUAACUUUGUCCCUGGCAGACUUAAUCAUGCCUCAGAAGGAGAGCGACGUCUGGAUGGAGGGCGCCCCGCGACCAUCUCCCACUGCCAGCUUGUCUGUAAAAACUUGUACAAGACACCUUAUCUCAAACGUCCCAAAUCAAGGUGCCCACCAUCAACAUCCCUCACGUUUAUCCUAUCAACGAGUGUCACCGCCCUUGCAUUGAAGCGUUCGAAUAUCUCGGUAGCUUGAUCGAAACUUUUCCGCUUGCCUCCUCGGCACUCCGCCAUCAAAAUCGUCCAAACCUCCACAGCUACAGAAGAUGUGAUCCGAAAACUAGAACUGAUCUCUCAAUUCUUAUCUAACCGCCUUGAGCUCCCCCGGCAAACUUUGCCCAACAUCAAGCCUCACUCAACUUUCAUGGUCCGUCAGCUGAUGGUGAGACUGCAAAAUCACUUGAUGGUUAGAUGAGUAUAGCCGAAUGGGACCAUAUGGUUUCUGAGAUGCCCGAUGGGAAGCAUAGGAGGGGUGUUUGGGAGUACUCAGAGUGGGAGGAAAGAGGCCAAGCCCAUCAGUGUGUUCCAUGGGCCAAUUGGGAUGGACCCGGAAAAGAAUAUGACGUCCCCGAAGUCCUCGAAAUUCAGUCCAUUGAGAGCAGUGCUAGUGGGCCUGGGAUUUUGGCUCAGUUUGGAGAAGAAACAACCGCUUGGAGUGAAGAUGCCGCUACGCCACCUAGUUGGAUGGAUGCAAUGAUGGCCUAACCACAAGGAGUCCGUGGGCAGACUAGCUGCCAGAAUUAUGAGAGAAAAAAAAUCCAUAAAUAUGCUACAUACAAUCACAAAAUAUACUCCAAAGAUGAAGCAACC